AUGCACAAAGAGCUACUUUGCUUCUUCUCUCCAUACUAUUCCGCUGCCCUCAACGGCAAAUUUCUCGAGGCUCAGAAGCAUCAAUUCGAGGUUGAUCUAUCCGGCGAGCAACUCCAAAGCUUCGUGGAAUGGAUUUACACAGGCAAGUGUGCUCAACAGCAAGGUUGGGACUGCUACAUCUACCUAUACAUAUUUGCCGAUCAAGUGGACAUCAUCGCUCUACGCCGUGACGUUCUCAGGUGGCUCUCCAAGUCGGCUGAAACGUUGUCGGACUAUGCUGGUGUCAGAUUGAUGUUGAAGAAUGUUACGCAGCACUCAGGGCUUUAUAAGUGGAUGCUAGAU